AUGACCCAAGUGUGUGAUCUGUCAGGGGACAGAGCCCGAGACAUCCAUCAUGAAAGACAAGCUGAAUCGAGUCCCACCAAUGCCCAUGACGGGCCUACUCAUCCAGAAGGCAGUCCACCAAAGGGCUUCAGAGUCCUAAAGACCCAAGGAUUUCUCUGGAAACCUCAGGAGGAAGGGAGUCCAGGGUUGACUCCUGCCAAGCAAACUCACAGUUCUGAUGCUGCCCUCGGACAGGAAUAUGCAACCGUGAAGGAGAGUCUUCAAGGGGCUGAGGGUACAGAAGGCAGGGGGAAUGACUGCUCUGAGAAUCUAGAAUUCCUGGAUGUGGAAUCCCACAGACACUGUACCCGCUUGGCCUUGACCUACUAUAUGGAAAGCUUCCUUCUUGGAUUGUCGCAAUGCUCAAGUGAGCCUCACCACUCCUCCUCUCCAAGAGGCCUUGUGCGGGUGCCGCGCGGGCUAGCCAUUGUUCAGGAGGGCGGGGACACUCCAGAAAGCGGAUUCCCCGCCCCAGGUUGCAUUCGCAGCCCACUAGAGCAGAGACUUGUGCCGGCAUCUGCUGCACCGGGCGCGUCCUUUGUUUGCUCAGUUGUGCCCGGGUGUCCGAGGCCCGCGCCCCGCUCUUUUGGCAGACAAAGCGGGGGCCGCCGCGAGCGGGUCAGGCAGGAGAGGGGCUUGUACCGCCCUACUCCCGCCUUUCGCACCGCCCCCUCGGCUAGACGUUCUCUGAUUGGUUUGUGGGGCUACAAAGAGGCCGGGAAGCUAACUGUCCACCGACCCCCGGAGGCGACCUCUCCAGCCCGCUCCCAGGAGACCACCCCUCUCCUGGCGGCGACCGGACCCGAGCUGACCACCUUCCAGGCGACCACCCCUCCGGACGCGGGUCUUACGCCCACCGCCCCUCGGGCGCCGACUAGUCCUGCGCCGACCACCCUUUCCACGACCACUGGCCUAGCGCCGACCACCCCUGUAGCGACCACCGUCUUGGCGUCGACCGCUCCCCGGACCCUGACCCCUGAGCUCCCCAGAAACAGCAGCAGCAGCAGCAGCAGCAGCAGCCUCCCGCCCACCCCACCUGUCACCGAGGCCCCUUCUCUUCCUCCCCUAGAAUAUGUAUGUAACUGCUCUAGGACUGGAAGCCUGGAUGAGAAGCACUGCAACCAGACCACAGGGCAGUGUGAGUGUCAGCAAGGUUAUCAGGGUCUUCACUGUGAAAUCUGCAAGGAGGACUUUUACCUGAAUCAUACUUCUGGGCUCUGUCUGCCCUGUCACUGUAGUCCACAGGGAGCCCUCAGCAAACUCUGCAACAGUUCGGGGAAUUGCCAGUGCAGAGUGGGUGUCACCGGCUCUACAUGUAAUCGAUGCCAAGAUGGAUAUUAUGGUUUUAGUAAGAAUGGUUGCUUGCCCUGCCAGUGUAAUAAUCGGUCAGCCAGUUGUGAUGCUCUCACAGGUGUUUGUUUAAACUGCCAGGAAAAUAGCAAAGGGGAUCACUGUGAAGAAUGUAAAGAAGGAUUUUAUCAGAGUCCUCAUCCUAGUAAAGGAUGUCUUCGCUGUCCUUGUUCAGCAGUGACAUCUACAGGAAAUUGCACCAUAGAAUUGGAUGAAUUGGAGCCUAGAUGUGUCCAGUGUAAAGAUGGUUAUACAGGCCAGAACUGCAAUGCAUGUGAAAAUGGCUAUUACAAUUCUGACAGCGUCUGUAUACCAUGCCAAUGUCAUAGCCAUGUGGACCCAAUUAAAACUCCAAAGAUUUGUAAGCCUGAGAGUGGUGAGUGUAUCAACUGCCUCCAUAACACCACUGGGUUUUGGUGUGAGAACUGCCUAGAAGGUUAUGUUCGAGACAUCGAGAAAAAUUGCAUCAAGAAAGAAGUUAUUGUUCCAACACCUGAAGGUUCUACCAUUUUGGUUUCCAAUGCCUCUUUGACCACAUCAGUGCCCACCCCUGUUAUAAAUAGUACAUUUACCCCCACAACCCUGCAGACUAUCUUUUCAGUAAGCUCUUCUGAAAACAGCACAUCAGCUUUAGCUGAUGUGUCAUGGACUCAAUUUAAUAUCAUCAUUUUGACGGUCAUUAUCAUUGUGGUCGUACUGUUAAUGGGAUUUGUGGGGGCUGUAUACAUGUACCGUGAGUACCAAAACCGGAAACUCAAUGCCCCUUUUUGGACCAUCGAGCUGAAAGAAGACAAUAUCAGUUUCAGCAGCUACCAUGACAGCAUUCCCAAUGCUGAUGUGUCAGGAUUGUUGGAAGAUGAUGGCAAUGAAGUGGCUCCCAAUGGGCAACUGACCCUGACGACACCUAUACAUAACUACAAAGCCUAAGGAGCGAGAACUGUCCUCCUGGAUUAAGACACAGUGCUUUCUAAGACAGCUUUGGCCCCUGGGCCAGACAAAGCCUGGGUAGAGUUCGCUGAGAAAGCAAAGGCAAAAAUAGUGCAUCUGACAUCUUCAGGUACAAAUUUGUAAUGUGCAUAGCCUAUCUGUUGCUCUUAGUUUUCCCAUGAAGAUCAGAAGCAUUCACUGUUGUUAAGGACUUGAAGUAAAGUAUAUUUUUGUACCAAACCACAUGGGACUAUGGAAAGGCUGAACCCCAUAAUGCUGCCCAAAUCAACUUUGACCUCCAAAUAGACUGUUGGAGAGUGUUCACCUCACCAGCGGUACCAGGAUGAUGGAUGUGGAGGGGAAAGGACUGCUGGAAGACUUCAUCUCCAUUCCUGAAACGCAUUCUUUUUUAAAGGAAGGUCAGGGAUUAUAUUCAUUUUAUUGUACUAAAAUGUACAAAUCAUUAAGGAAAAGCUGGCAUCUAGGCUAUAUCAUAAACAAUCUUGAUUGUUUCAAGAAUAAGGGCAGAAAAGUCCUAAGAAGAACUUUAGAUGGGAUUGAUUUUUUUCCUCCUAGGAUUCUUGCUCAAUGAUGGGAUUAAAGAACAGGAUAAACUCAGAGAGCAGAAGGCAGCACUGGGGAGCAGGAAGCUGAAGGUCCUCCUCAGGGCUCAGUGUAAAUGAUAAAUUGUCUAAAAAUAAGGAGCAUUCCUGCCUCUAAAGAAAUAAGGUGUACAUAGUUAAUGUAGCAUAUCUGGUCAACAUUGUAUCUAUUUGUAAAAAACGUCAUAUUUUAUCAUCUAGAAUUUAUUUGUACAGCAGUUAAUGGUGUUGUAUAAAGGAAAUAUGGAGAUUGGUUAAAAUACUGUAAAAUAGAUGGCAAUAUUGCUAGAGCUGGGACUCUGGUGAGCAUCCGUCAUUUUUAGUCCCUCUUUGGACACUGUUAAAAUUUAUAAGCAGUUAAAUAUUUCUGAUCAUUUCUUUUCUCACCCUAAAAGUAGAGUUAUGUGCUCUUUGGUUUACUGUAGAUUCCAGCAAUAGAUUUUGAAGUCAGUAAUUGUUAAGCUGGGACACAGGCUGCAUUCUUCAAAAUACUCUCCUAAUUAGGUACUGGCUAUUCUGUAUAUUUUACAUAAAUUAAUAUAAAACAUAUCCUCAUUGAAAUAUUUUUCUUGAAUGUAAGAGAUAGUCUUCCAAAAGAUAGAAAUCUUUGAGCUCUAAAAGAAAAGCCAUCAUAUCCCUUGGGAUCUCUUGUUUUCAUGCCUGUGAAAUGUUUAUAUCUUUCUCACUUCUGCUCCCAAAUAGAAAACCUCUUAUAUUUGAACAUAGCCCAUCACUCAUUUGCCAUGAGGUCUAUUCCAUCUCUCUGCAGUGCUAUAGCUCUUCCAUUGUCUUCUUUCUGGCUAGAGGGUGGCUCUGUAGUUGAGGAUAUAUAGUUAGUCCUUGCUUUUACAUUCAAUUUUCCACCUAAAAGUCAAGUAUUCUUGCUCUCAUCUAUUAUAUUGACAGAAUUGUGGAAUAAGCAAGCCAAGAAAGGUGGCCAGAAGUCAAAUAUAGAUUAUUUAUUAGAAGGAACAGAAAACUGUGAAGUGGUUAGAGAAAAGUAAAAACUUCUUACUGGAUUAGACCUAGAAAUCAAAUUGACCCCUUGGCGUAACCUCCCCAAAGAAGAAUCUAGAAUUUGUCACCCUCUAUAGGAGACCCCUAAGAAGUUCUCAGGGCUCACAUGCUGUUCUAGAUUGUGUAUAGACAGAUAAUUUGUUUCUGGUACCCUGAGGGUGUUUGGCCAUUGCUCACAAGAGUAGACAUUUUAUUAUAUUAAAAUGAUUAGCACUUCUUCUGUCCUUUGUGGUUUGCAAAUCGCUUUUCAGUACGUACGUAUAUUCUUUGUUCCUCAUGAUAGCCCCCCAAGGAAGUAAUGUUCUACCCAUUUUAUAGAUGAGAAGACAGAGGCACAGCGGUGCUAAAUAUAUUCUUCAUUGCUGCACGAUGUAUGUCAUAGGCUCAGAAUCCAGACUCCCAACACUGCAGCACUUAUUAUUUUUAUUAUUAUUAUUAUUUUGUACCGGGGAUUGAACUCAGGACCUUGCAUUUGUGAGGCAGGCAACGGCACCACUGAUUAUUUUAACUAUAAGCACUUAUUAUUUUAACUAUAUACCUAGUGUAAAACUUGCCUAGCUAUGAGCACAAAUAGGCUAGGAGGAAGAGUCCCCUCUGUGGAACUUUCUGUACUUUUUGUAACUCCAAGGUACAAUUCAGGGCAAAACAACUGUGAAGAACUUUGUGGAAAGAACACAGGAAGAUUAGUAUCUGGAGCCAGUAUUCAUGAUAAGAAAACAAAGCUGCCAGUUUGUGUUUCUUUAAAGUGAGCCAUUCCCCCAAGCAAAGAGGAAAACUUUCUUCCCUUAGCAUUUGUUACAUAGGUAUGUAUGUUCUGUGCACUGCAGCAUUUCAAGGAAAUGUGUAAAGUGGCAUACCUGCCUUUUCCCUGACAUCCUACCCCCUGACAAAAAAAUCAGGAUUGAAUUGAGGAUGGUGAGGAAUAUACAUUUGUUAAACAGAAGUUAACCCAAUCAAGAAAAGAGUGUUGGAGUCUAAGAACCAAAGUCAAAUAGCAUUCUGGCCACGUAGAGAUUCCUUGAAAUAGACCUUUAAAGAAAUUGCAAAAAUUGAAACACAAACCAUAUUUACUUUUACAUACUAUUUAACAGCUCCUAGGCCAUGGUCUUAUUUUUUAUAGUGGAAGAAAAAUUAAGGCCUUUAAACUUGUUUUGAAUAAUAUUCUUUAAUGGCCCAGGUUUUGCUUGUGAAAAUUAUCUUGCUCUGAAAUAGAAACCAAUCAUGAGUUCAUGUACCAUUGAAAUCAGACUAGAAGACUAGUAUGAAAGACAUUGUACAAUAUUAAUUCCUCUAAGACCCCCAUGAACUAUGGUGUCCAGCAACAGUCCUUUAGAAAUCCUACUAUUAGAAGAAUUUCUGUCUAAGGAUUAGGAAUGUAUUGAUUUUUAAAAAUAAGGCAAUGUGAACCUUACUGAGAAAUAAAAUACAGUACUGCUGUUAAGUGAUACUUUUAUCUUCAUUAAUUUAAUAGCCCUUAGCCACUUCUGAUAGAUGCUUUAGAAAGUGUUCAGUGUGUCUUUGUGCCCCUUACUUCUUCCUCCGUUUCUCUACUCUACCUCUAGGGCUUUGUUAUUAAUGGAAUUUCUCCUACUAUAGAGAAAAAAUGGUAAUAAAACUCCUCUGGACCUAGUCCAUAAUUUUCUCUAAGGAUACCUGGAUUUAAAGAGAGGAGAACAGAGAAGACAUGGGAUGGGAAAAGAAAGAUCUUUUUGACAGAAUUUGUAUAAGUCUCAGAUUUGCCCAGGGUAAUUGACCAUGAAAACAAUACUCACUGACCUACUAGUUGGUUUUUGUCAGCUGAGUGCCUUCAACACAUGAGCUUUUCUUGUGUUGUUGUGGAAGCAGAGAGCUUAAGCAGUGGUACUUCCCUUGAUACAUUUAAUUGAAACUGGGUUAUUAGAUUGCUUCCCUUUGGUCCCAUUCUUUUUGUAGGAUAUCUGGUGAACAUAACACCAUGUAUAUUGAAUAUUCCCUGGUUCUUAUAUUUUAGGGUAUGUGCGUAGGAGUUGAAUUUCUGCAUCUCAAUCAAACUUCUCUGACAAAAUGUUCCAAGAAGGAAAAAGUAACACAGUAUAACCUGUUAGAGUGAGGAAAUUCUUUCUGGUCUCAGUCACAAAGAACCUUUGAUCUGUUAUGAUCUUCUUGAUAGUAGGGAAUUUGCGAGUUAAAAUGGGUUUGGGGUGUGUGUGUGUGGUAAUGGAAGGUUAAUUCAUUUUUCUCUUUAUCCCUGAGCCAGUGAUUAUGCCAAGGGGAAAGCAGGAUGAACACACUAAUUCAUCCAGAGGGGUCAUAUAA